GCUUAGUGCGGUCCUUCCCAGCAAGCAACGCUCCUCUGUGUUUGCGGAUAUCUUUCUGGCAACCAUCUCUAUUCCUACUCAUUCUACGCUCCUUUUCCCUUUCUUUCUUGCGUUCCAGAAGGCGUAUAGUCUGACCAGACGCCAUGCCACCCAGGCGUAAGAACCAGAGAAGCCAGGGAAACAACCCCUUCAACAACGCCCACCCCAGCCCCGACAAAAAACGCUGGCGCAGACGCGACAACAACUCCUUCAACAACCGCCUCCCCGGCCCCAACGAAAUGGCCACGGGAGAUUUCUACUACCCCAAUAACUCAAACUCUCACGCGAUGCCCUUCCCCUCCCCUGGCCACCCAGGCGGACACCCGGACAACGUGUUCGGUUCUCCUGGUCACGCCGGCCCCGCUCCCUACCAGCCGUACUACGGCCCUGGUGGUAACGUCUGGACUUCAGAGAGACCUUUUGCGCUUGAGCAGGCGGAGGCUCAGAUGCUUGAUAUGGUGGCGCGCGAGGAGGAGAUGAAGGAUCAGCAGAAGAGGUUGUUUUUGGAGGAGUAUCGUUAUGUGGGACGGCAGACGCAGUACGAACCUCCUAACAUCUACGCUGACGAACUCGAACCGACCCCAGAUGAACCUGAGAUUGAAAUGGAGAUCAAACCUCUGAACACUGGUGUUGGAAGCGGCGUUGAAUUUGCCUACAACGGCGCGUCAGAGACUGGUCGUGGUGGUAAUACUGCUAGCAAGGGUACGGGUUUCAAGCUUCGUGGUGAUGCUCCUGAGUUUGUUCCGAUGGACAAGAAAUUCAAGGACAGAAAGCGUCAGGAUUCUGUGACUAUUGUCACUAGCUGGUACUAGAGUUUCUGUGUUUGAUUUGUCGUUGUGUACAGGAAAGUGGAUGCUAAGAACAUAAUGGGUUUUAUGUGAUUCUUGGGUUGUUACUGUAUGACAAGAUGAGACAAAGUGUAUCAAAUGGC